CACUCACUCACUCACUCACUCACUCACUCAUAUCCUCAGGUAUGCCUCCUAACUGCGUUCCAGCGACCGUCAGCAGCAGUACUUCCUCCAGCCGGAUUCCCUCUUCGUCUCAUUCUCGGUUUGAUGGGACUAACUAGCGCCGUCAUAUAAGUGAGAACUUCAACGGUUCAGAAUAAGUGAUUACAAAGCCUCAGCCAUGGCGACAAUAGUGGAUUUCGACCCGCUCAACUCCACAGUACCGGCGACAAAGAUUGAAAUCAGCGUUUCCUGCAGAAACCUGUUGGACAUGGACACCUUCUCUAAGUCAGAUCCAGUGGUGGUGUUGUACGUGCAAGGCCUGGGGACCAAGGAGUGGAGAGAGUUUGGUCGGACAGAAGUGAUCUAUAACACGCUGAACCCAGACUUUGUGAGGAAGUUUAUCCUUGAUUUCUUCUUUGAAGAGAAGCAGAACCUGCGCUUUGAUGUGUACAAUGUAUAUACAAGGAGCUCCAACCUUUCGAAACAUGACUUCCUGGGUCAGAUGUUCUGUACGUUGGGGGAGAUCAUCGGCUCGACAGGCAGCAGGCUGGAAAGGACACUCUCUGGGAUUCCCGGGAAGAAGUGUGGGACCAUCAUCUUCUCAGCUGAGGAGCUCAGUAACUGCCGGGACAUUGCCACCAUGCAGCUCUGUGCCAACAAGCUGGAUAAAAAGGAUUUUUUUGGCAAGUCUGACCCUUUCCUGGUCUUCUACAGGAGCAACGAGGACGGGACGUUCACCAUCUGCCACAAGACUGAGAUGAUCAAGAACAAUCUAAACCCUGUUUGGCAGCCGUUUACCAUCCCUGUCCGAGCCCUAUGUAAUGGAGACUAUGACAGGACGGUCAAGGUGGACGUAUUCGACUGGGACAGAGACGGGAGUCAUGACUUCAUCGGAGAGUUCACCACCAGCUACAGAGAACUGUCCAGAGGACAAAGCCAGUUCAAUGUCUAUGAGGUUUUAAAUCCUAAAAAGAAAGGCAGGAAGAAGAAAUACAUCAAUUCAGGGACGGUGACCCUGCUGUCUUUCAAAGUGGAGUCAGAAUACACGUUUGUUGACUUCAUCAGAGGAGGGACACAACUCAAUUUCACUGUGGCCAUAGACUUCACAGCAUCCAAUGGUAACCCGUCCCAGCCCACAUCACUGCACUACAUGAAUCCGUACCAGAUGAAUGCGUAUGCCAUGGCUCUGAAGGCUGUGGGGGAGAUUAUCCAGGACUACGACAGUGACAAACUCUUUCCAGCAUAUGGCUUUGGAGCUAAACUUCCCCCGGAUGGCAAGAUCUCCCACGCCUUCCCACUGAACUCCAAUACAGAAAACCCAAACUGUGUGGCCAUCGAGGGAAUACUAGAGGCUUACUUCCAGAGCCUGCGAACUGUUCAGCUGUAUGGCCCAACUAACUUUGCACCUGUCAUCAACCAGGUGGCUCGGUGUGCUGCAGAAGUGACUGACGGCUCCCAGUACUUUGUGCUGCUGAUGAUCACAGACGGCGUCAUCUCAGACAUGGCUCAGACCAAAGAGGCUGUGGUCAAUGCAGCCUCCCUGCCCAUGUCUGUCAUCAUAGUGGGAGUGGGCCCUGCUGAGUUUGAUGCAAUGGAGGAGCUGGAUGGAGACGAGGUCCGAGUGUCCUCCAGGGGACGCUUUGCUGAGAGAGACAUCGUCCAGUUCGUCCCGUUCCGGGACUACAUGGACCGCUCGGGGAACCAGGUCCUGAGCAUGGCCCGCCUGGCUAAGGACGUCCUGGCAGAGAUCCCUGACCAGCUGCUGUCCUUCAUGAAGAGCCAUGGGAUCCAACCGCCCCCCUGCCCGCCACCUCACACUCCCCCGCAAUCAUCCCCUGUGUCCCCCACCACCGCAGCUUAA